AUGUACGGCAAGGCCAAGGAAAAGGCCGCGGAGAUGGCGACCAAGGCCCAGACGGCGUGCAACGAGGCCGCCGACAAGGCCAAGACGGCCUACGCGGACGCGGCGCCGCUCGCCGCCCAGGCCGGCGCCACGGCGGCCCAGGCCGCGAAGAGCGCCGCGACGACGGCCGAGCAGGGCUGCGUCGCCGUCGCGGGCGAGGAGCGCGUCGGGGCCGCCAAGGGCGCGGCCGCCGGCGCCAAGGCGCAGGCGUCGGCCUACGCCGGCAAGGCCGCCGACGCCGCCCGGGAGAAGGUCGCGGACCUCGAGGAGGCCGCUCGGGGCCGGGCCGUCGACAUCGUCACCGCGGGCGUCGACGCCGCCGUGGCCAAGGUCGGCGUCAAGGCCAAGGACGCUCUGGUCGACCCGGACAUGCCCGCGCCCGUCGCGUACGCCGCCGUCGCCUUCGUGGACAGCGCCCUGCCCGAGCUCAAGGGGGUGAUCUUAGAAACCCUGGCGAACAAGUUCCGCAAGGCCGUCGAGGACGACGACCUCAUGACGGCGCCGCCGCCGCCGUGCUGCCCGAACGUCUUCGCGUUCCUCCGCGCGUUCGUGCUCUACCACAUGUUCCCCCACGACAAGACGAUCUGGGCGAAGCUGCGGGACCCCUGGUGGUGGCUUUUCACGGUGGGCCUCGGGUCGUUCCCGCUCUACGGCGUCCACGUCUGCUGGUGGGCGUUCGUGCUCCUCUGCAAGGACCGGCGCGACGAGUACCAGCUCGUCGACUUCGUCGUCUCCUUCAAGGCCGCGCAGUUCAUCUCCGGCGGCGUCCAGGCGAUGAUGGUCGGGUCCAUCCUCUACACGACGUGCAUCCCGAACUGCACGGGCGACGAGGCGCCGGGCAACCACCCGAAUUUUCGGGUGGAGCUCCUCUUCUUUUUGGUCAAGGGCGGCCUCUGCUGGCUCGCGCUCCUCAUGCUGCCCUGCUCCGAGGUCAAGGGCGGGCGCCUGUACGUGCCCCUCAAGUCGGACCCGGACCUCGCGCGCAAGGGCGGGCGGGUCUGGAACCUCAUGUACUACGACCUCCUCGUCUUCGCGGUCUGCCUCGGCCUCGGGCUCCAGGUCUACGCGGACGCGGACAAGCCGGGCUGGGUCCAGGACGCGCAGCUCUUCCACAUCAAGGCCCUCUACGGCGUGCUGUCCUUCCCCUGGUUCAUCCUCAAGCUGCCCCUGCUCUACACGGUCAUCCUCGGCCUGAAGCCGACGCUCUACAACAGACGCGGCGACACGGUCCGGCCCGCGAACGCCAAGGAGAAGCGCGCGGCGCGCGACAAGCGCGUCGGCGCCCGGGCAAUGCGCCGCGCGUUCGCCGCGGCGCUGCUGCUGGGCGCCGCCGCCGCCUACGACCACGGCACCUGCGCCGGCUACGCCAACGGCGGCGUCUACACCGGCGCCUCGCUGGGCUUCGAGUGGGACGCCCUGGCAGCCUCCUGCUGCUACGUCUACGACGCCAACGCCUGCUCGCACUCGCCGUCGGGCGUGCCGAGCGCCGUCCCGACGAGCACGCCGACGUCCCUGCCGACGCCGGUGCCGAGCGAGACCUUCCUCCCGACGCCCGAGCCGACGGCCGUGCCCACCGCCGAUCCGACGAAUCGUCCGACGGCCGCGCCCACCUUCGAGCCGACGUCGGUGCCCACGGCGGACCCGACGGGCUGCCCGACGCCCGCGCCCACCUUCGCGCCCCCGACGGUGUCGCCGACGGCGUCGCCGACGGCGUCGCCGACGAUCGCGCCGACGCCGAGCCCGAGCACGAGCCCGACGAUCGCGCCGACGCCGUCGCCGUCGACGACGCCGACGCCCGCGCCCUCGACGUCGCCGACGCCCGCGCCGACCAUCGGCGACUGCAAGUCCAUCAUAUCGGACGCCUGCGGCUGCGUCUACGUCCUCUUCGACUUCUCCGAGUCCGCGCCGCCGACGCCGUCGCCGACGAUCCCGCCGACGCCGUCGCCGACGACGCCCGCGCCCUCGGCGACGCCGACGCCCGCGCCGACGCCCAAGCCGAGCCUCACGCCCUACCCGUCCGGCCAUCCAAGCGGCGUGCCGACGGCCGUGCCCACGUCCGUCCCCACGGCGCCGCCGUCGUUCGCGCCGUCGACGCCGCCGACGCCCGCGCCGACGUCGCGCCCGACGGGCAUGCCGACCUCGGUCCCGACGUCCGCGCCGUCCAUGAUCUGCCCGAGCUUCGCGUGGAUCACGGGCCCCGGCGAGCCGAGCGCGGAGCGCGUCAAGACCUGGGGCGAGGUCGACCUCCAGCACGCGACGGUCGAGGCCUGCUGCCGCUUCCGCGCGACGCCCUGCCCGGGCUACGCGCCGACGGCCGUGCCCACGUCCUGCCCGACGGCCGAGCCGAGCUACAUGACGGCGCACCCGAGCCUCGAGCCGUCGCUGAGCGCGAGGCCGUCGCCGCCGCCGACGUCCGAGCCCACGUACAUGACGCUGCAUCCGAGCGGCGCGCCGACGGCCGUGCCCACGUCCGUCCCCACGGCGCCGCCGUCCCCGCAGCCCUCGUCGACGCCCUACCCGACGCGCGCGCCGACGACCGCGCGCCCGAGCGCGCCGCCGACGGUCGCGCCGACGCCCGCGCCGACGACGAGCCCGUCCGCGUCGCCCACGACCUCGCCGACGAUCGCGCCGACGCCGUCGCCGACGCCGGGGCCGACGGCCUGCAACUGCACCAUGGACUACGGGCGCGCGAUCGGCGACGGCCACUUCCGCGAGCGCGGCGACGGCCUGCUCUACGGCUCGCUCCCGGCGCUCAACGUCGACGCGAACACGCUCAGCGACGGCUUCGGCUGGGACGACUACGUCGCGGCGCGGGCCUACACCGACGGCCUCGUCAUCGCGAACGCGAGCUACGAGUUCUACUGCGUCUACCGCGAGCAGCCGGGCCCGACGGCGGCGCCGUCCGGCGCGCCGACGCCCAUGCCGAGCCCGGCGCCGACGUCGAUGCCGUCGACGCACGUGCCCACGGCGCCGUCCUCCUUCCCGACGCCCGCGCCGUCGCUCGCGCGCGGCAAGCUCUCGUUCUCCUCCGCCGUCGGCCUCGUCGGCGUCGCGCCGGCCGCGGUCGACGACGCGGCGACGGCGGCCAUCGGCAACGCCCUCCUCGCCUGCGCCCCGGCGCUCGACGCCGUCGAGGACGUCGCCGCGAGCCGACGGCGGCGCUUGAGCGCGAACGCGACGGCGCGCGCGUCCGUCGGCUUCCGCGGCGUCGCCUACGAGGACAACGCGACGCUCGUCGCGGCCGCCGCGGAGGCGCUCCUCGAGGACGCGGCGGCGAGCCUCGCCGCCGCCGUGGCGUCGGGCCUCUUCGCCGCGACGCUCCGGCGCGAGGCGGCGGCGCUCGGCGCGACCGCGCUCGCGAACUGCACCGUCGACGUCAACCUGACGCUCGCGGCGCUCGCGAACGCGACGGCGUCCUUCGCCGUGACGACGCCGCCGCCGAGCGCUGCGCCGUCGCUCCCGCGGUCGCGGGACGACGACGACGACGACGAGACGCGCUUCAUCCUCCGGAUCCUCGUCAUCUGCGCGCUCGCGGUCGUCGUGCCGUCCGUGUCCAUCUGGGCGCUCUGCCACGGCUACACGGCGGCCCAAGACACGUACUACUCCAUCGUCGUCCCCGCGGAAAAGUACUAA